AUCCAAAUAAAAUAGACAACACUUCCAUGAAUGAUGAAGAACUUAUUUCUCUUCAAGAAAAAACUGAACAGUACGAUGAAGAUUCAUACAAGUGUCGGUAUUAUUUACUUAAUUGUCUAUCAGAUAAUUUUUAUGAUUAUUAUGAUAGAAAUUACUCUACUGCAAAGAAAAUAUGGAAAGCGUUGCAGAGUAAAUAUGAUACCGAGGAGGCUGGAGCGAAAAAAUAUGCUGCUAGUAGAUUUUUUCGUUUCCAAAUGGUGGACAACAAAUCAGUGGCAGACCAAGCCCAAGAUUUUAUAAUGAUCGUUGGAGAGCUCAGGUCCGAGGAUAUAAAAAUUGAGGAUAACCUUAUUGUUUGUGGCAUAAUAGAUAAACUUCCACCUUCAUGGAAGGAAUUUCAAAAAAAUAUGCGCCACAAACAAAAGGAAACCUCUCUUGAGACGUUGAUUAUGCGAAUCCGCAUGGAGGAAGAAGCAAGGGGCCAAGAUGCACUUUUGCAAACGGAAGAGAGCAACUUACAACCCGUCACAAAUAAGAUCCACUAACCAAGGCCUUGGCAAGAGAAAAGGUCUGGAGCACAUCGAGGGGGAUGGGAUUGAAGCCCAUAAAUUCAUGAGUCGUAUAUGAGGAAACCCAACCUGGGGACUAGAGAUCCUAUAACCAGGUUCAAUGGGAAAAACGAAUCAUAUGAUGACUUGUUGAGAAAAAUGCACUAUUUUAUUUAUUCCCUCCCUAUGAUGUAAGUGCAUUAUUCUGUAACAAUUUGUGGAGGUUGAGUUUAUAAACUCUUAAUGAAACUCUGUAGCUCGUAUGAGUGGGGUGUUAAGUUGCAAAAGCACUCUUGACAGAUUUCACCUAUGUGAGUGUGGAAGUAGGCCGCUUUCUAUGAGAAUUGGGCUCGUUCUCAAAAGCACUCAUGAA